CUCACAUUUUACUUUAUAAAUCGGUAUUAGCUAAAAUGGCUGCCAUUCUCGGUAAUAUUGCUAAACUUGCUAUUCCAGCUGGUAUUGCUAUUGGAGGCAUUCAAUCUGCUAUGUAUGAUGUACAAGGUGGAUAUCGUGCCGUCAUUUUUGAUCGUAUCCAAGGUGUAAAAUCUUCAUCAGUAGGUGAAGGUACACAUUUUUUAGUACCAUGGCUUCAACGUGCUGUUCUAUUUGAUGUUCGAACCAAGCCUCGAAAUAUCUCGACGACAACAGGUUCAAAAGACAUGCAAAUGGUUAGUUUAACGUUACGAGUUCUUCAUCGCCCAGAUAUUAAAAAUGUGUCCACCAUUUAUCAAAACUUGGGAGAGGAUUAUGAUGAAAGAGUAUUACCCUCAAUAGGGAAUGAAGUCUUAAAAGCGAUUGUUGCACAGUUUGAUGCCUCUGAAUUAAUUACGCAGCGUGAAGUGGUUUCUGCAAAGAUUCGAGAGGAACUCUAUAAACGUGCUAGAGAUUUUAAUAUAGCUUUAGAAGAUGUUUCAAUUACACAUAUGACAUUUGGUAAAGAAUUUACUAAUGCUGUCGAGCAAAAACAAAUUGCGCAACAAGAAGCCGAGCGUGCGAAAUAUAUUGUUGAACGAGCAGAACAAGAAAAACAAGCUUCCAUUAUUCGAGCUGAAGGAGACUCUCAAGCUGCUGAAAUGAUUUCUUCAGCACUUGCAAAUGCAGGUGAUGGUUUUAUUGCCUUUAGAAAAAUUGAAGCAUCCAAGGAAAUUGCAGCAACAUUAUCAAGAAAUGAGCGAGUUACUUAUUUACCUAAUAAUAAGAAUAGUAACAAAUCUAACUUGCUUCUUAACAUGGGUCAAGCUUAAACGAAAUGUUAUAGCUUAUUAAUUAUUUAUUAUAUAUGAAUACAAAUCUAUAAGUAUUAUUUUAUUUAUUUAUUUUUUUUUUUUUUGAAAAAAAAAAAA